CACAAGUAAGUAUGACAUUAAAACAAUACUUGCCCAUUUUGAUCGAUUGUGAAAAAAGUAGGUUGACAGUGAUGUCGCUGAUUAGAAUUAGCAAAAAAUAACUUUACUGCACAUAUAAUUAGAAAGUUAUUAAACGCGGAAAUGUGCGAAUGUGCGAAUAUAAAACCAACUUUACCCAAGUCCUCCACAGGGUGACGCAGAUGAGUUUAUAUGAGCCCAUUUCAUAGUCAUUACAACAACUUUGGCUUUUGUUUUCAAGCCGUUGGUGAGAAAAUGGCGUUUGGUUCAGUGGGCUUCAGAAUUCCAGAUUUCUCCAAGAUUAGCAGGAGAGACCAAAGUCCAGAUCACGAACGUCCUAAUAUGUCAACGCUGAAUCUGGUUGUGUGCGGGAGUAACGAGACAUUAAAAUCCUCCAUAUCAGAUCUGAUCCGGCUGCAGACAGACAGAAAAUCAGACGUAGGUCUUCAUGAUCCUCAGUUCAGUCUGGUGGAGCUUCCAGCUCUGAUUGGUCUCUCAGAGGAGGAAGUGAUGCGUCAGACUCUCUGCUGUGUGUCUCGCUGUCAUCCUGGAGUUCAUGCUUUCCUCCUUGUUAUUCCUGCUGGUCCACUUACCAAUGAAGACAAAGCAGAAAUAGAGAAGAUUCAGAAUAUAUUUAACUCCAGAGACCACUUUGUAGUGCUCUUCACCUCAAAUCUCCCUGUUGAUGAACCAGUGACAGAUUUUGUCAAAUCCAGCACAGGAUCUCAGAAGCUAAUCAGCGAUUGUGGAGGUCAGUACAAAGUGAUUGGGUUAAAGGAACCUGUAAACUCCAGACAGAUCCCAGAACUGCUGGAUUAUAUAGAGAAUAUGAAGACCAGACCCUAUUCAGCUCAGAUGUAUGUGAGAACUCGAGAGAACAGAGUCAGACAUGAACUGGAGGAACAACAUAAAGAAGUACUGAAGAGAAAGGAGAAUGAAAUCAAUGAGUUACAGCAGAAGAUUCAGUCAGAAGGUAAUAAAGAAGUAAUGGAUGACCUGAAGUGUUUGAGGAUUGUGCUACUCGGGAGGACAGGAAGUGGAAAGAGUGCAACAGGAAACACUAUUCUGGGAAGCGAGGAGUUUGAGAGUGAAUUAAGCAUAGAUUCAGUGACGACUUUUUGCAUGAAGGGAGUUGGUGAAGUCGAUGGUCGAUCAGUAGCUGUUGUUGAUACUCCAGGACUCUUUGACACAACACUGGCAAGUGAUCAUGUGGUGGAAGAAAUAAUGAAAUGUAUUUCUCUGUCAUCACCUGGACCUCAUGUGUUUGUCAUUGUGUUGAGUUUGGGACGAUUCACCAAAGAAGAAGCAGACACUGUAGAUCUGAUCAAGAAGAUCUUUGGUCCAAAAGCUGCUCAGUUCAGCAUCGUUCUGUUCACUGGAGGAGACCUGCUGAAAAAUAAGUCCAUAGAGAAAUAUAUCAGUGAAAGUCAAAAUGCAGAAUUCAAGAAAAUGCUCAGAGAUUGUGGAGACAGAUUCCUGGUGUUUAAUAACACAGAAAAACAAGACAAAACUCAAGUGAUUGAUUUGAUAAAUAUGAUAGAAGAGGUGAAGAAUCAGGGUCGAUACUUCACUAACAGCAUGUUUGAGGAGGCAGAGAUGUCCAUUAAAAAGAGAAUGGAGGAAAUACUGAAAGAGAAAGAAAGAGAAAUUCAGGCUCAGAAAGACGAGUUACAAGCCAAAUAUGAGACGGAAAUGAAAAACAUGAAGGAAAAACUUGAGGAAGAGAAACAAAGAGCAGAAGAGGAGAGAAUACAAAGAGAGAAUGACUUCAGACAAAAAAAGGAAAAUCUCAUAAAAGAUUUUGAAGAAAAAGAGAAAAAACAACAAAAGAAACAAGAAACUGAAAAUCAUAAACGAUCAGAAGAGGAAAAACAGAAAAGAGCUGAAUUUCAUACAAAAAUUGAAGAGAUGAAGAGAGAAAUUGAAAAUCAGAGAUCACAGUAUGAAAAACAAAAAAAGGAAAGAGAAGAAGAAGAUAGAAAGAGAGAAGAGAAAUACAGACAAGAUCAAGAAAAGAUUAAAAAUGAACAAGAACGUAUUAUAGCAGAAUUACAGAUGAAACAAGAAGAAGAAACUAAGAAGAGAGAAUCUGAGGAAGGAAAGAGAACUGAACAAGAAGAGAAACAGAGAGAGGAAUGGAAGAGAAAAAUAAAAGAGGCUGAACAUGACAGAAAAGAGACUCAAGAGGAUAUUAAACGACAGCAGAGAGAAUGGGAGGAUGAAAAGAAACGACAGAUGAGAGAACGAGAGGAAGAAGAAAGAAAGAUAAAAGAGAAACAUAAGGAAGAGCUGAAAGAAAAACAAAAAGAACUGGAGAAAAUGAGAAAGAAAUUUGAAAGAGAGAGAGAAGAAGAAAGACAGAAGAUAGAGGAUGAGAGACAGAAACAGAAGAGAGAGAGAGAAGAAAAAGAGAGAGAAUAUGAAGAAAAGAAACAGGAAAUGGAAAGAUAUUAUGAACAACUGGAACGAAAGAGAAAAGAGGAGUGGGAGAGAAAAAACCGAGAAGAUGAUGAGAGACGAGAAGAAGAGAGAAAGAGAUGGGAGAGAAAGAUUGAAGAUCUAAAACAAGAGCAAGAAGAAGAGAUCAAGAGAAGAGAAAAGGAUGAGGAGAAGAGAAAAGAAAGAGAAGAAAAAGAGCGAGAUGACAUGAAAAAGAAACAUGAAGAUGAAAUAAAAGUCAUAGAAAAGAAACAUAAAGAUGAAGCAAGAAAACAAGCAGAAGAACUGAAUGAGAGAAAAGAGCAGCACGUUCAGGAGCUUCAACAGAUGCUGGAAGAACAUCAGAAACAACAGGAAUUACUGGAGAACCUCUAUCAACAUCUGCAGACGCAGAAAGGAGAAGAAACAAGAGAGCUACAAAAACAAGUUGAAGAGCUGAAGAAUAAAUCAGGUGGAUGUGUCAUUCUGUGAUAUUUCUGAGAAUCUAAAGAUAAGACUCAAACAACAAUAUUAGAGGCUUAGUUCACCCCAAAAUAAAAAUUACUCCUCAAGCCAUCGGUGUAUGACUUUAUUCUUUCAGACAAAUCCAAGACCAUUUUUUAAAUGACACCCGAGGGCACUCUUCUGGAUUAUUGUUGGUUUGUUUUGGACUUCAGUUCCCAUCAUCCCUUGCACUGAUGAUUGUUUCAUUACACUCAGCUGUUUGUCAUUUUUACCUUUUAACUCACCCUGAUAUAUACCAUGCUCACUUAGGCUGCAUCCGAAACCGCCUACUUCUCUACUAUAUAGUAGGCGAGUGAAUAAGUAUGUCCGAAACCUCAGUAUUCAUAAUAGAGUAGGCGAGAAUUACCUGGGUGACGUACUAAUUCUCGCGAGAUUCGGACGUGCGUCUACUUAUAGGCUGUGUUCGAAAUGGCAUACUUGCUUACUGCUUACUGCCCAGUACACAGUGCCUACUGUUUUUUAAAGAAUAGUGUGUGAAACAGUAUACAAUAAGCAACAAAUGUUUCAGAGUAGUAUGCUUAAUUGUCACAUGACAGACACAAACAUUAAUUCAGCACAGCUGUCAAGGUUGUUACCUUACAAACAAAAGUGCUAACUAUUAUUUUUACAAAGGCUGGUUAAGAAGGCUUCAUAUUAGUAAACAAUGCUAUAUUGACCAGUUGAACUCAUUUCAUAAUUGAAGAACUGUACAUAGGCUAUUGGACAGAACUGAAUCAACACUGAGCUGUCUUUAACUGAACAUUGAUAUUUUUGUUAGUUACACUAAUUGGAAAAAGUGAUAUAUUCUAGUUACACUAAGUGCAACUAAUGAUAAAUUCUCUUUACACUAAAAUAGCAGCAUUUUCUUUAGCAACAGCUGUGUAAAUAGUAGUUAGGUGGCAGAUAUUUGUACUUCAGUACUGUAGUACAUUAUAAAACAGUGUGCAAUAACUCAUUGAGCAUAAAUUAUCAUACAUUUUAUUUGAUGAACGCCACUUUACUGGGACAAAAACCUACCUACAGCUAAACAGUGGUAUUAUUAAUUUCCACUUUUCAAAUAUUUACUUAUUUUUUAUUGAAAACAAAUGCCUUUCUGAUCUGGUAUGUGAUGGGAAAAGGAGUUGCACGAGAUUGACAAAAGGCAGAACUCGGAUCGCUCGCAUCAAUAACACAGAUCUUGUGUCUUUUACUCACUGCUCCACUGAUACUAUAGGAAUACAC